AUGCCUCUGUCUACUUUGAUCCAAGAAAGUCGGUUCUACGCCUUCUACAACCCUGAAGACCUGCCUACACUUGACAAAGCCAUCGUUGAGUUGGAAGAGUAUCUGACAGCCGAGGGCCCCUUCGACGCUGUCUUGGGGUUCUCCGCCGGGGCGGUGCUAGCUGCGUUGUGCAUGGCCGUGAAAUCCCUGCGGGGCGAGGAGAUUCCGGUGAAGUGCGUCAUUUUUGUUGCCAGCGCUAGCUGCAACAUCGAGAAGACUUAUCUCGGUCUUGAUCAAGGGGCUGAUUCGAUCAACAUCCCGAUUCCCACUGCGCACAUCUGGGGUGCCAAUGACACCACUUCGCCGACAGGGGGUCAGGAUCUCAGCCUGUUGUUUGACGCGUCGCUUCGCGCCGUCUUUGUGCAUGAUGGGGGCCAUGAGUUUCCGCGUAAGGAAUCCUUGACGGAAGCCGCCCGGGUGAUGCAAAGAGCACUGCAUCAGGGUCGAGAAAUGUCAGAGUAA